AUAUAUAUAUAUAUACAUAUAUAUAUAUAAUAUUAUUGUUCAUGUCAUGUCAUGCACGAGUGACAGAGCGCUGCUGCUUACUGAUGCCGAUGCCAGCUCACAUUAGGCCGCUUGCGGUAUUCCCAAAGUGUCCCUCCGCCUCCUGCUCCGGUCCUCUUUGUUAUGAAACGAUUCUCUCUCGCGCGUUCAAUCUCCUCCAGAUUUAUCGCUUUCUGGGUAGGCUUUGAAGGAGAUGAUGGUGGGAUUGGCUCUGCGGAUUGAGGAGCAGUUCACGGAGACGAGAGAGAGGAUUUUUAGCCUUCGAUAGGAAAGCUAUGUGCCUAUAUUGUUCUGAGAGGAGAGGUGCGAGAGCCGUAUCCCUUUUCCCAUCGGUUUAUCAGGGGAGGAGCAUGUGAGACGUUGUUGCUUUCGAUGGUUCCUUGCAGGGUCUCGCGUGUUGCCGUGCCGCAGUAACUCUCCGGUCGGAAAGGUGACGCCUUUGGUACUCUUUGUGCCUCUUUUUCUGUGAGCCACUGCUUCCGACGAGGUUUACAGGUCACUACUUCUUCUCACGGUUUUGGCGCUUAAAAGAGUUAUCUUUACGAGGUUUUGGUGAGGUUCCCCGACAGAGAGAGCGAGAUGGCCGGUGGUCAGGGAAAAGAUGCCGCCUUUUUGUUUGCAGACGAGGAGCUGAUCGGGAUGACCGAGUUGAAGAAAGGCGCCGACUUUGUUGAGGUGAUGUGCGGGUGCACGAGCCACCGGUAUGGCGACGCUGUCGGGCGGCUUAGGGUUUUCGCCUCCGGUGAUCUCCAGAUCAGCUGUGAAUGCACGCCGGGCUGUGAGGAAGCCAUUGAAUAUUGUCAUUGUCGCCAUCUUCACAAGGCAAGCAAAACAUCUUCUCCAAGAAGUGUCUAUAUCUCAAGGCCUUUGCAACCAUUUCUUGCAGCAGCAUUAUAAGUUGACACCAGCUGCGUUUGAGAAGCAUUCUGGGCGGGAGACUGCAAGAAAAUGGAAAAACAAUGUGUGGAUCAUUAUCAAAGGAGACAAGGUUCCACUUUCAAAGACUGUGCUGCUUAAGUACUACAACCAGGCAUCAAAGGCUGCUAAUGGCUCUCAUAAAGGUCCCAAUGGACGGCCAUUUCACCGUGAUGAAUUUGUCUGCUGUAAAAGAUGUAACAAAGAGCGUAGAUUUCGCUUACGUACUAAAGAUGAAUAUCGCAAUUAUCAUGAUGCUGUGAGGAAUCCAAAUUGGGAAUGUUCUAACUUGACGUUUGACAGAGCCACCUGCGAUGACGAAGAGGAGCGAGCAAGCCGUAAGGUCCUCAGGGGAUGUUCCCGUUCUCCAUCCUGUAGAGGAUGCACCACAUGCGUAUGUUUCGGAUGUGAGAACUGCCGUUUCUCAGAUUGCAGCUGUCAGACCUGCAUCGAUUACACACGCAAUUCUAAAAUCUAAGCUUGUUCGAUGGAGAACUAUUUAUCCUCCAUGGGUGAUUGCAUAAUUGUGUUAUCAAUGCAGGUAUUUUGAUGCAGACCUGAAACCCUCAAUCAUAAGGUUCAAAAUUUUGACAAUCCCAUCAAAUGGGGCUUUCUAUGUUUCCUUUUCCUCCACCCCACUUCUUCCAUUUGAAACAUUGCUUAUAGAUGAAGAUGGUGGAAGCUAUGAAUAAGUGACAUGGAAAACUUUUAAAGGCAUAUCUAUUAUUUUCGUACGAUUUAAUUUUUCUCUUAAUCCAUGAUCAUAUGUA